UGAUUUACCCCCUCUUACUGCUUCUCCUUCUUUCUCUUGUUUUUGUUGUUGUUUUCAAGUGUCUUUCUAUGUGGAAAUCGUGCUGUGGUCGGCUGAGUGAGAAAGCAGUUACGGCUUUAUUCUAAUUAUAUUCGAAACGAUGGCAGCCGAAGCAGGAGACCCACCGCAUCGCUACAAGUUUCCUUUAUCCAAAGUUCCACGACUUCCAUACGAUGAUCCACAAGCGCAGAGACUGAUAUCCGCUGAGCAACCAGUUGUCUUAACAGGAUCUGAUCUUGUAGACUCUGCUCUUCAUUGGAACUUAGACUAUUUGUCAGACAACAUGGCUAAUACACAAUUCACAGUCUAUCAAUCAGACAAUAAUUAUUUCAAAUAUUAUGAAUCUAGAAAAAUUCCACAACAGAAAGAUUUUGUCCCACCUACAAUUCAGAUGCAAAUGUCAUUCUCAGAGUUUGUAGAGAAAUUAAAAGAGGCACAAUGUUCAAAAAAACACUGGUUAUAUCUGCAGCAACCUCUAACAGAAGGGGUUGGAGAUAAAAUUGUUCAAGACUUUGUCUCUUUCAACUGGCGGUGGAUUUCUAUGCAACAGAAAGAAAAUAACUGGGGCCCAUUAUCUUCAAAUUUGCUUUUGGUUGGAAUGGCAGGUAACAUAACACCAGUUCAUUAUGAUGAACAACAAAAUUUCUUCGCUCAACUCAGAGGUGUCAAACGAUGUCUUCUCUUCGCUCCUGACCAGUUCAAAAGUUUGUACCCAUUCCCAGUUUACCAUCCACAUGACCGACAGAGUCAGGUGAACUUGGAGAAUCCAAAUUUAGAAAAAUUUCCCAAAGUUCUAGAAUUAAAAGGAUUUGAAGCUACACUACAUCCUGGUGAUGUGUUAUAUAUUCCUAUAUAUUGGUGGCACCAGAUUGAAUCAUUACCCCAAAAGGGUGUAACCAUAUCAAUCAAUUUUUGGUAUAAAGUAAGAAAUUCAUGUCAGCAAACAGUCACAUAUCCAUUGGCAGCUUCUCAGAAGAUUGCCAUCAUGAGAAACAUAGAGAAAAUGGUAACAGAUGCUCUUGGAGAUAUAAAUGAGGUUGCUCCAUUUAUGAGAACAAUGGUCCUUGGAAGGUAUACUUAGCCUGACUAACCAAGAAGAAAUGAAACCCAAGAAUCAUUCAAAACAGGAGGACUGGAAUUUUGAAUGAAUGCUAUUUAAUAUGCAAAUAUCUUGUCUGACUGUUAACUUCAGAACUGGUUUGCACUCCAAUAUCAACAUUUUGGAUUCAUCAUACUAUAUUGUUUAAAAUAUAUAUGUAUAUGAGUAUAAAUGUGUCAUAUAUAUGUGUAUAUAAGUAUGUACAUAUGUUUUAUAUAUAUAUAUGUAUGUGUGUGUGUGUAUAUACAUAUAAAUAUUUGUAUUUAUCUGUGUACAUAUAUGUGUGUAUGUAACCAAUAUUGGCUCUGACCUUGGUUAAUGCAAUAGCACAAACUGGUAUAUAAUAAUAUACAUGUUAAGAUGUACAUACACUCACACACACACACACAAAGAUUUUAUCUUAUGCCUGAAAUCAGAGACAUAUUUCUAACUUGUUCUUUCAGCAAUAAAAUCUGUAUUUCAA